GUUUCUGGUAGCCUAAAAUCCAUGGUCAACUGUGUUAUCAGGCAGACCCACGUCAUGGUGGUGGUUCUUGGACUUCAUAUUUUGUUUGGUUCUCCUGCUGGUUGCUGUCCAGUGACCAGCUUGUCCAGACCAGAGGAAACAUCUGUAACCCUAAACACAGGAUACAAGUCUACAGCUGCCACAGACAUUCAUUUGGUGGAGUGGUACUAUAAUGAGAGGGAAUUGAUUAUGAGAUAUUAUCCGGGAUCAAAGUCAGUGAUCCAGCCAGCUUACGAGGGUAGGGUGAAAUUUGAUGACAACGCCUUCUCUCUGGAGUUGAUGAACAUAAAGAGGAACGACAGUGGUUUAUACCACUGCAAGAUCACAGAGGAGAAACCCUUCUGUGCUGGAUUCAGCCUUUCUGUCUUUGAAUCCAUUUCUGAAAAGAAAGUGACCUCUACUGCCCAAAUCACAAGUCCUGCAUCUCUCUUGAUACUUACUGCUGUUGUUUUAGGGUGUUUUCCCAUAAAGAAAUAAACAGAAUGAUAUUUA